UUUUCUUUCAAUUCAGUUGAAAUUAAGAAUAACAACAGCGCACAAUUUGGUUGAAAAACCGCGUUUCGAUAAAUGCGUGAAUUGUAAUUAUGUCGACGAGUACUAUAAGUCUGUCGCUAAAGAUCGGUCUUGGUUUCAUCGGUAUGUGGCCCGGCUCCUCAUACGGGACGCAUCUCUGGCUCUUUUACAUGGCUACCCUCCUCGCCAUGCAAUACUUUCAAUAUUCCUACGUUUUUGUGCAUCUGAAUAAGAACGAUUUCUCCAAACUAAUGGAUGGUCUGAGCGUCACUCUAGAUUACACUCUGACGUUUUUAAAGCUGUUGAGUCUCUGGCACAAUCGACGAAUAUUUUCGGAUAUCUUAGACGCCAUGGAAGAUGACUGGAACAAUCAGGUCACGGAUUCACACGUGUACGUGAUGACAAGCAAAGCUAAUCUAGCGCAUCGAUGUUCUAAAGCUAUGAUGAUCCUAAAUAGUUUGGCCACUAUCUUCUACUUUGUGGGCAGCUACUUGAGUCAUCGUAUAAUCUCCGCCGGCGAAGAACCUCGAGAGUUUCCGAUACAAAUGCAGUUCCCGUUCGACCAAGCUUCGGACUCGCCAAUCUUCGAGCUCAUUUAUCUGGCAACCUUCUUUCAUGUAUGGGAGACGGCGACCGUAAUCGCGAUGUUGAAUUCUCUCAUCUUAGCACUUGUACUUCACGUGAGUGGCCAGAUUGAUAUUAUGUGCCAAGAAUUGAGAGAAAUUUCCUCCACGAAAAAAUCUCAUCCAUCGGCCACAAGAUCACUCAUCGAAAGACAUCAGAAAAUCAUAUCUUUAUCCAAUAAUAUUGACAACUUUUUCUCCUUUGUUGCACUGAUACAGUUUGUAUGGAAUACCAUAGUUAUCUGCUCUAUAGGAUUCAUGAUCGUAAUAUCUCUAGGCACAGAUAUAGAAGGUAAAUCCGGAAUAUUAAUACAAUCCAUUAUUCCAUAUGUCGCUGUAACGUUAGAAGCUUUCGUUUUCUGUUUUGCUGGCGAAUAUUUGAGUUCUAAGAGCAGAUCUAUCGGCGAUGCGGUAUAUGAGAUACAUUGGUACGAAUUGUCCACCAAUGAAUGCCAAAUUUUAUUGCUCAUAAUCGUUAGAGCCCAAAAACAAUUGACGAUCACAGCCGGAAAAGUUAUGGAUUUGACUUUGGAAGGUUUCACGACUGUCAUGAAAGCUUCGGCGUCAUACAUUUCAGUAUUACACGCUAUGUAUUCGACAACUACCAUCAGUCCGUCGCUGAAAAUCGGCCUUCAAUUACUUGGUAUGUGGCCGGAUGUACCAUACUCAGCUGUUUAUUGGCUUAUGUUUAUGUCGAGCAUGCUGAUAAUACAAUAUUUUCAAUAUCUGUACGUAAUGGGACAUUUAAAGAUGAACGAAUUAUCGGAUCUCGUGGAUAGCUUGCCUGCGACCUUAGAUUAUACUUUAACGUUAUUUAAAAUGAUCAGUCUUUGGAUACAUCGUCGAGUUCUCCAUAAAAUUCUAAUAGCUGUGGAUAACGAUUGGCACGAAUGCGUCAAUGUUGAACAGCAUUUUCAUGUGAUGACAAUUAAAGCCAGUAUAUCACAUUUCUGUUCUAACGCUAUGUUGAGUUUCAAUGCAAUUGCUGGAGUACUUUAUGUUUUGAGCGAUUAUAUGAUUCAUUUUGUCUCUUUGGUCGACGAUUACAAUGAUACUCUGCGGCAACUUCCUAUCAAGAUAGAACUUCCUUUUGAAUAUGAGCAAUCGCCUAUUUUCGAGCUGCUCGUAGUAAUUCUGUUUUUACAUACAAUGUUACAUGUAUGUGCAGUUGCUAUUUUAAACGGAUUGAUCUUUACUUUGGUACUUCACGCAAGCGGACAAAUCGACAUUAUAUGCCAAGAGUUCAGAAAUAUUUCUGACAAAACUUCUCUUUAUGAUUCUUCCGCACCAAUAUUAAGGAUGUUGAUCGAUAGGCAUAAUAAAGUGAUUUCGUUUUCCAAUAAUAUCGAGAAACUUUUCUCUUUCAUCGCAUUAAUGCAAGUUGUUUGGAAUACUUUAGUUAUUUGCUGUCUAGGAUUCAUCAUCGUAAUAUCUGUCAAUGGUGGAACCAGUGUCAUGAUUUUAAUAAAAACCAUUUUCGCUUAUUUUGCCAUAAUGAUUGAGGCCUUUAUUAUUUGCUUCGCCGGAGAAUACCUCAGCCUUAAAAGUAAAUCAAUUGCCGAUGCAGCAUAUGAAACAUUCUGGUACAAUAUGCCAUCAAGUCAGAGUAAAGUUAUGACAUUUAUAAUAAUGAGAUCCAAUAAGCGACUAGCAAUCACGGCAGGAAAAAUGACAGAUAUGUCCUUUGAAGCUUUUAGUAGCAUGAUAAGAGCAUCGGCAUCAUAUAUAUCUGUUUUACAUGCAAUGUAUUAAUAUUCAAAAAAACACGAC